UUUCCAAGAAGCAGAACAACGAUUUGGCGGAACGCAGAGAGUUCAGAAGAAUCGCGUUUGGGUUCGGAGAUGGAAAUUUCGACUCCUAGAUUUUCCAGGCCCUUGUCCAUAACGCCGGGUUCUAGGGUUUUGAGAAGCCCUCUCACCGAUGAACAGAUCUGGAAGCGACUCAGAGACGCGGGCUUCGACGAGGAAUCCAUUAAGAACAAAGAUAAGUCCGCUCUCGUUGCUUACAUCGCUAAGCUUGAAGCUGAGAUACAUGAUCACCAGCAUCACAUGGGCCUUCUCAUAUUAGAGAGUAAGGAAUCGGCUACCAAGUUUGAACAAGCUAAGGCCUUGGCUGAAUCAUCUGAGUUAAAGCAUAAACAUGAUUCAGCCAUGAACAAAUCUCUAUUAACUGAUUCAAGGAGACGGGAAGAAAGUUUGAAGAAGACAGUAGACGUCAAAGAAGCAUGCAUAGCAAGUCUUGAGAAAGCCUUGCAUGAAAUGCGUACCGAAUGUGCUGAAACAAAAGUUGCAGCUGAGAGUAAAUUUGCUGAAGCACAUCAAUUGAUAGAUGAAGCGCAGAAAAAAUUUACAGAGGCUGAGGCCAAGUUGCGUGCUGUGGAAUCUUUGCAAGCAGAGGCUGAUCGAUAUAACAGUGUUGCAGAGAGGAAGCUUCGUGAUGUUGAAGCACGUGAAGAUAACCUCAGACGGCAAAUCAUAUCUUUCAAGUCAGACUGUGAUGAAAAAGAUAAGGAGAUGAUUCUUGAGAGGCAAUCCCUUUCUGAAAGGCAAAAGGGUUUGCAGCUAGAACAGGAAAGGUUACUUCAGUCACAAGCCUUGCUCAACCAGAGAGAGGAUCACCUUUUUAGUAGAUCUCAGGAACUAAAUCGUCUUCAAAAAGAGUUAGAGGAGACAAAAGUGAAAAUUGAAAAGGAAUAUGAUGCCCUCCAUGAUGAGAAAACCAAUCUAAAACUGAUGGAGGCCACCCUAACUCAACGAGAAGAGGCACUGUCUAAACAGGAAACUGAGCUGAACAAGAAAGAGCAAGAGUUGCUGCAAUAUGAAGAGAAACUUGCUAGUAGAGAAUCUGAUGAAAUUCAGAAAGUUGUAGCUGGUCAGGAAGCUGCAAUGAGAACUAGAAAAUAUGAUUUGGAAAUGGAGCUACAAAUGCAGCUCAAAUUGGUUGAAAAUGAAAUUGAAACAAAGAGACGGGCUUGGGAAUUGAAGGAGGUUGAUCUUAAACAACGGGAGGAUCAAAUCCUGGAAAGGGAGUAUGAGCUGGAAGUUAUGUCAAGGUCACUGAGCGAGAAGGAAAAUGAUCUGGUGGACCUGUCAAGUGCUCUUGAAGAAAAAGAUCAAAGCUUGAGAGCUGCUGAGAAGGAGUUUGAGUUAAAUAAAACCCUUUUGCAAAAGGAGAAAGAUGAUAUUGAAGAAACAAAGCAAGAUCUGCAGAAGUCUUUGGCAUAUUUGGAUAGUAAACAAAGACAUGUUGAUAAUGCAAAGGAGAGACUGGAGUCCAUGAAAAGUGAAACAGGUGACUUGUCAAUUUUGGAAGUGAAACUAAAGGAAGAGAUUGACCUUGUAAGAUCUCAGAAGUUGGAGCUUUUGGCUGAGGCAGAUAAGCUGAAAGCUGAGAAGGCAAAGUUUGAAGCUGAGUGGGAACUUCUUGAUGAAAAAAAAGAAGAGUUGAAGAAAGAAGCAGACCACAUAGAAAAGGAAAGGAAGAUAGUUUCCGCUUUUAUUAAGAAUGAGCGUGACAAGCUGAGAGAAGAGAAAGAAAAUUUACGUAAUCAGUACACCCAUGACUUGGGGUUGCUUGCCAGUGAACGGGAACAGUUCAUGAACAAGAUGGCACAUGAACAUGCUGAGUGGUUUGGCAAGAUACAGCAGGAGCGAGCAGAUUUCUUGCGGGACAUUGAGAUGCAAAAGAGGGAGCUGAGUAACCUUAUUGAGAAGAGGCGUGAAGAGGUGGAAAGUUAUUUGAAGGAAAGAGAAAAGGCUUUCGAAGAAGAAAAGAGCAGUGAACUCCAAUGUAUUAAUGCUCUUAAGGAGAAAGCAGCCAAAGAGUUGGAAGAAGUUUCCUUGGAGAUGAAAAGGCUUCAAACUGAGCGAACUGAGAUAAAUUUGGAUCGUGAACGGAGAAAUAGGGAAUGGGCUGAGCUAACUAAUUGCAUUGAGGAACUUGAGGUUCAAAGGGAUAAGCUACAGAAACAGAGAGAACUGUUGCAUGCUGAUAGAAUUGAAAUUUAUGCUCUGACUGAAGAAUUGAAAAAGUUAGAGGAUUUGAAACUUGUCUCCGAUGACAUUGCUAUCACUGAAAUGCUUAAAUCUGAUAUGGAGUUGAACCAACAGAAAAUCUCUGCAAGGAAAAACUUGAAGCAUCGAAAUCUUACACAAGGUCACCUUGAUAAUAUUAGCAAUGAUUUUGAUACUCCAUUUAUACAGAAGUCAUCUGUUGUUUCCCCUCCUAGCCCUGUUCGAUUCUCAUGGAUAAAACGAUGCAGAGAACUAAUUUUUAGAAAUUCUCCUGAGAAGCCACUCGUGGAGGAUUUGCCUCUGGUUUCUGUUGUAGGUAAUGUUAGCAACGGGCAGAAGCACUUGGAAAAUGACAAACUGCAUGGUAAUUUUGAGAAGGGACAGGAAAUGGGAUUUUCUUUUGGAGAACCAAAAGUAAUAGUUGAAGUACCCUCUCGAGAUGAAGAAGCCAGCAGAACAAGUGAGUUUGAAUCUGCGACUAAAGAUCUUAAUGGAAAAACUGCCAUCUUGUUUUCAGAUGAACGUCAUGUGGGCAGACAGAAAAGAGGCAGGGGGAACUUGUCUAAUAAAGUUAUAGAUCCACUUGUAGACAUGGGGCAGAAUAAGAAACAGAGAGCAGAAGAACAAACAACCGAAAAUCCUUUAGACAAGGGCUGUCUGAUUUCAACCCAAUCAGAUGUGUCAGAGGUCCAGCAGGCAUUAAUGUCAUCAAAUCUAACACAAGGGAACCCUGAAGAAACACAUGUAGUAAUGGUUGAUAAGGUUAUUCAUGUAUCAGAAGUGAUUUCUGAGAAAGUUGAUGCUCUCACCAUCCCCAAUCAAGAACCAAGAGAUCAUUUUCAGAAUCCUGCAUUGGGAGUGGGACAAUGUAAUCUUCAUGGAGAAACAGUUGAUCAAUCAAAUUCUAAAACUAGACAAGAAGAUAUUUUACCUAGUGGUUCCAGUGUAAUGGGAAACAAUGGACAAGUUUCUGAGCGCUGUGAUAUUUGACUGUGGACAGGGACUGCAUAUGGUGGAUAUGGGCAUUGGUACUGAUAAUUAGUGUGGUUAGGACAUAAGUAUAUAGUAGGAGAGUAUGAGUGCAGGACACCAAAGGGUCUCUUCAUUUGUUGGUGAGUUGGAGUUGGGUAUGUGCGUAGAGAUAACAGGGGGUGUCUGCUGUGUGUACACACUGUUUGGAUGCUGUUGCAAAUUGCAAUGAGUGUGGGGUAGACUGUUGAUAUCAUAGUUCGUAGCAUCGGGAUGUUAUGCAUUUCAACUAAAGAAAAAGAAAAGUUGGGUACAGCAUAAGGAUAAGUUACUUUCAAAACCUAGCAUGUGUGUUUUUUGAUUUAGCGAGUUUUUCUGGCAUGGUUUAGUUUGCCCCGUUGAAACCAUCCAGAUUUGAGUUUUUACCAGCGCUGAAUGUCAUUGUGUAGCCAUUAAUAGCAAAGUUUCCGUCUACAAACAUGAUUGCGCUCAGCAUAACAAGUAUCUGAAGCUCUUGUUUAUGUUUG